CGCCAGGCAGUGUGGACGGGCGGGUCGGCGGCGCGGGUCAGGCUGCGAGCGGUUCCCAGCGAGAGGAACAUGUGAUGCGCCACGAGUAACGAGGAGCUGUCACGGGAGGAGGAAAGAACCGCUGUGACUCCCAAUCGUGGUGAUCCCGGUGACCCUUCCGCCGCCACGCCCCUGGACACUAUCAUGUUUCAGUGCUGGAUUUAUAGAUACAGGGACAGCGACGCCAACUCGUGAAUCUCUCUUGAACCAGAUAGACUUAAGUGACAUUAGUUCCGUGACUGUGAUAUAUUACCUCAGUGACACGAGCGGUAUGUUGCACGUCACCUGAACGCAGACACUUGCAAGGCCACGGGGUUGAGACGCAGUUCCAGAAUCGUGUAGGUGAAGCGGGGAACACCACUUUUUUUCUCCUGAGGGAGGCACCGACGGCGAGGAGGAGAUGGAGGGCCUGACGCGGGUGUGGGCCCUCAGAGUCCUCCUCCUGCUGGCGAUGUGUGGCGGCCUGGGCGCCGGGCUGCGCGUGUCUGGCGUGCGCGUGCCGCCCGUGGUGGUGUCGGGCUCCGCGGUGGACCUCACCUGUCACUACCACCACAGCACGGACCGCCCCGACCCGCUCUACUCCAUCAAGUGGUACCGAGACGUGAACCAGUUUUACGAGUACAUUCCAAGACGAAAGCCGCCCAUCAGGGUGUACCCGCUGCCCAACAUCCACGUGGACCGGGCGCGCAGCUCGCAGGCGACGGUGGCGCUGAAGGGCGUGACGCGGGAGACAUCGGGCAGCUUCCGGUGCGAGGUGAUGGGCGACAAGCCUUUCUUUGAGACAGACGACCACGCCGUAAACAUGACGGUGGUGGACGUGCCGGCGUGGGGCCCUGAGGUGUGGGGCGCCGCCACUGGGGCGCGGGUACGGCCCGGCGAGGUGGUGGCCGUGCGCUGCCUCAUGGGGCCCUCCGACCCGCCAGCGGAUGUGAGCUGGACCGUCAACGGCGAGGCGGCGCCGCCCGACGCAGUGGAUCUGCGCCCCCUGGCGCGGGGCCCGCGAGGGCGCCUGGCCCAAGCGUCGGAGCUGCGCGUCACGGCAACGGAAGAGUGGCUGGCUCGCGGCGCCAUGACCCUCACCUGCCACGCCCAAGUAUCCUCCGUGUACCACGCCACCGCCAACGUGACGCUCGUCCAUUCCGACUGGCCGCAGCCCGCGGAAUUCGGCUGGUUCUCGGCAGCCCCCGCCGCCCCCAACACUCCCUGCUGCUGUGUCUCCUGCUGCUAUGUCUCCUGCUCUCCGCUGUCACGCCGCUGUGAGACGGACUGGCUGACGCUGCGCAGGUAACAGCCCCGAGGUGACAAGGCGACGGAGGUGCUUGUGUUCCGUGACUUCCAGGUGCUCCUCCUCCUCCUCCUCCUCCUCCUCCUCCUCCUCCUCCUCCUCCUCCUCCUCCUCCUCCUCCUCCUCCUCCUCCUUUUCCUCUCAACCUCACUCUUAACGGCCUCCCCUCAGCCCUCCCCUCUUUAACCCCUCCCAUAAACUCGUUCCUUUAACGCUCUCUCCCCUUCUCCUGCCUCUAAUCACCCCCCGGCUCUUUACCUCUCCCACUACCCUCCUUCCCUCUUCUCACACUGUCCCCGUCCCUCUCCCUCUCUCCCGCUCCUCUCACCUCACACUGGUACAAAGGAAAGUAAGGAAAAGAAUUCUUCCAUUAUAAUGUGUUGUAGGCAGCAGGUGUGCGUGACUCAGGUGUGGCCAGGUGAGGCGUGACGUGAUGGGUUGUCACGCCCCCGCCACUGUCUCAUACACCGCCACCGUCACCGUCACUAUAUGCGACUCCACGCGUGCUACUGUUAAAUAUGUGCUGAGUUUCUUGGUGUUAACAUGUGACUCUCUCUCUCUCUCUCUCUCUCUCUCUCUCUCUCUCUCUCUCUCUCUCUCUCUCUCUCUCU